UCAGCAUAUAGCCCUACGAGCACGUCCACGAACCCCAUCGACCAACAUAAGUUGCACACGAUUCGCAUUGCUCCUCUCCAUUCUUCCGCCUUCCCUCCCGUUCUUACAUUGCGCUCGCCAUGGUUCAAUUUAGCGCCAUCUUGCCUGACUUCACGGGCGAAAUCGUGAGGUCUGCCGUAUUCCACCUGCGCCUCACCGAGAAGCUUGGUUCUGGCGCCUACGGUGUCGUCUAUUCUGCGCUUGACCUCAACUCUCCUUCGGAGCGUCCAACCACAUACGCGGUCAAGUGUCUCCUGAGACACACUGAGGACUCGGAAUACCGCCGUUACCAGAGACGAGAGGUCUUGCUACACCGGAAGGCGUCAGCCCACCCACAUGUCAUCAAAAUCCAUCAAGUCAUCGAGGACGAGCAUUACAUCUUCGUCGUCCUCAACUUCUGCCAAGGAGGAGACUUGUUCUCUGCCAUCGCCGAGCGCAAAGUAUUCGAAGGAAACGAUGCGCUCGUCAAGAAGGCAUUCCUUCAGCUCAUCGAUGCCGUUCACGCCUGCCACGACGUUGGAAUCUCUCACCGCGAUUUGAAAACAGAGAACAUCUUGUGCUCUGAGGACGGCGAGGAGAUUUUUCUGAGCGACUUCGGACUAGCGACGAGGUCCAAGGUCAGCAUGUCACAUGGCUGCGGUAGCUCAUACUAUAUGAGUCCAGAAUGUAUUGGGGACGAUACGGAGCAUCAACCAUUCCUCAACCCUGUUUCUGACAUCUGGUCCCUGGGUAUCAUCCUCAUCAAUAUGAUCACUGGCCACAAUCCUUGGCACAUCGCCUCGAUGGAUAAUGAUAACGGGUUUGCGCGAUACACCCGCGAGGGAAACACCUACUUGCUCCGCAACCUUCCCAUCUCCCCCGCCGUCGCCGACAUCCUGGGCCGCAUCCUCGCACCUGCAGAGUACCGCAUCACCCUGCGUGAGCUCCGCAAGGCCAUCCUCGCAGUGGACACAUUCUUCCGCGAUCCUGAUGUCAAGGUUACCGUCGGCUCUGUGUCUGCGCCGGCAUCUCUGUUCAGCCUGUCCACGCGCCCCAUCAGCUGCAGCACUUGUUCCAGCGGUUUCGUCCAUAUACUCCCGCUUCCCUCGGACUUUGCACCUCGGUCCUCAAGGCCCGACGAUGACGGCGUCGGGCCACUCCUCGACAUCCCUUCUCCUGUCCGCGCAGGCCGCACAGACUCGACGAUGGUGCACGUCCCUUCCUUGGUGCCGAGCCUCUCGAGUGGCUCCUCUCGAUCCGAGAGCGCCAGCCCAAUCACUCCCGAGCAUCUCGCCAUCGUGCUCUCCACAUCUAUUCCCGAGCUACAGCUCGAUAUGCCACAACUCUCCGAUCCCGUGUCUUCCUUUGCGAGCGUCGCUGCAGAAAAUGGCGCGGCGGUCUCAUGGUCAUCGCUGGCGAUGAAGAAAAGGAAGCUGCCGCGGUCGUGGCAGAGGAUUAAGGGUGCUGUACAGAGGAUCAGGGUCAUGGUUUAAGAGUGGUCGCUGCGCAG